AUGUUGGUUCCAUCCAAUGUUCUGUCGUUGCCUUCUCUAGGUGAAGACGUCCAGCUCGGCAUGCUCUACGAUGCUCGAACUGGGCAAUUCUUCGGUGGCGCUUCCUUCUGGAGCAACGAAGUUGUAAACACCAAGCAAGAGAUAGCCGACAAGGUCCAGAAUGCGGAGUACUCAUAUACAGAAACUCUCGACGAAGCCCGCAAGUCCAUUGGUCUCAACAUUGAAGGGGCCAUCGCGCUGGACCUCGGCAUCAUCAAGGCGGUAGGGUCGGCCAAGUACCUGAAUGACACAAAGUCGACAUCCCACGAGGCCCGCGUCGACGUCUCAUGCACUGUCAUUCGACGUACUCGCCGCAUCCCGCAGGAGACCCUUGCCACAAUGCAGUUCGAGGGCAGGCUCAAUGACGAUCGGUUCACUCACUUUGUCGGUGAGGUGGUUGAAGGUGGGACUGCGACGCUCAGCUUCAUUCAGUCCUGUUUUUCAGAAGAGGAAGUAAAAAAGGUUCAGGGCUCCCUCAAGAUGGCACUCAAGUGCCUGCCCAUCGCCGAGGUUGGCGGCGACUACUCGAAACCAGUGAAGUAA